AAUUCAUAUCCCAAAGUUUCUUGGGAAAAAUGAAGGCUCAAGAUCCAAACCCAGGAAGCGUUUUUCCCAAAGUCUUCUAUGUCCAACGCCACCUCCUCAAUCUCCUUUCUUAUGUCCUGCUCUUUGUGGCCGGUUUAACCCUUGGAGUUGUACUUGUCAAUCUCAAGGACUUUUCAUUUGAUCUGCACUUUGCCCAAUUCCCCUUCUCAACUUUGUCAUCUCCUCCUCCAUCCAAUCAUUCACAGAUUCUAGUUAUGCCGAAUGCAACAGCCCCAACAACCAGUAUGAGCCUCACACCCGACCCCCGCAUCGGGUUAAAGGAAUAUCUAAAGCCGCCCAAGGUUUUUCACGACAUGAACGAUACAGAAUUGCUCUGGAGAGCUUCGAUGUCUCCUAGGAUCCCUGAAUAUCCAUUCCAUCUAGUUCCCAAAAUUGCUUUCAUGUUCUUGGCAAGGGGACCUGCUCCUUUGGCCCCAUUGUGGGAGAAGUUCUUUGAAGGGCAUCAAGGUUUUUACUCAAUCUAUGUGCACUCAGAGCCGUCCCUCAAUCAGUCGUCUUACGCCGGAAGUUCGGUUUUCCAUGGCCGAAGAAUUCCCAGUGAUCUGAAAGUAAAAUGGGGGACGGUGAGCUUGAUUGAGGCAGAGCGCCUCCUAUUGGCGAAUGCUCUUCUCGACAUCUCAAACCAACGCUUUGUUCUGCUCUCAGAAGCAUGCAUCCCUCUCUACAACUUCUCCACUGUCUACUCUUACCUCAUAAACUCCAAAGAAACUUUCGUGGAGGUCUAUGAUGAUCCAAGCGCAGUUGGACGUGGCCGAUAUUAUUUUGUUCAGUACCCAGGAAUCUCAGUGGAGCAAUGGAGGAAGGGGUCACAGUGGUUCGAAAUUGACAGAGACCUUGCCAUUGAAGUUGUCUCUGAUCGAAAAUACUUCCCAGUUUACCGCAGAUGCAGAGGCGAAUGUUUUGCAGAUGAACAUUAUUUGCCAACGUUUGUGAACAUCAAAUUUGGAGCAAAGAAUGCAAACAGGACGUUGACUUGGGUUGACUGGGCCAAGGCCGGCCCGCACCCUACCGAGUACAUGAGCUCGAAUGUCACAGUUGAGCUUUUGAAUGGCCUGAGGACUGGUUAUGGCCGGAGAUGUGAAUAUAAUGGAAGGAGCACACAUGUUUGUUUCUUAUUCGCGAGGAAGUUCCCGCCUUCUGCUUUGGACAGCCUGCUGAGAAUUGCACCAAAGAUCAUGCACUUCAACAAUGUUGCUCCUUAAGAAAAAGAAAAAGAAAAAACAUUAGAAAUUAGCAAAACAGAUUUAUAUAGUGUUACGUGUCUUUUUGUUUGUAAC